AUGGCUGUGUUAUGGGUGAUUUUAGUUUUGGCCUCAACGGGCCUCCGAUUUGUACAAGGAUUGCCUAUUAACCCGACGCUGCGGGUCUACCCGCACGAAUCAGGCGAGUCGGUGUUUGAUUGGAGUACAGAAAGCAGCCUGUAUGCAGCGCUGCCGGCGCUGGCGCUGGUGCUUGCCGCCGUAGGGUUACUAUUUGGCUGCACUUGGUGCUAUAGGCACAAGGACUGUAAGCCGAACGAAGGAGCGGACAAUCAGUUAUUCACUGCAAGUGUAACACAUCUUCAUGAUGCACGUCGCUCCCAGCCGCCCGACUCGGGCUUUUCCGAGCCGGUCAACAAUAACAUUAGCGAGGAUAACAACAAUGGCCCGAUUUCCCUGCGGGAGAUGCAAAACAUUGCGAACAACAAUGCAGCAGCCUACAUCGUUAGUGAAAAUGAAGAAAGAAACCGUAUAAGUCGAGACUCUGUUGUUGAAUUUGAACCACUCCCAACUGAAAUUAGGGUAGUUGACCCGCUAGAGAGAUGUGCAGACUGGUUUGCUGGAGAAGACUUCCCAAGAAACCAGUUACAGUAUCUUCGAGAAAUUGGUCGAGGAUGGUUUGGCAGAGUGGUAGAAGGCGAAAUAGAAGAUGGACCCAGUAUGACCACAGUCGCUGUCAAGAUUCUCAAUCAGAACGCAAGUCUUGAAGAUAAAGCGCGGUUUCUAGACGAAGCCCGUCUAUACAGAGAUGUGAAUCACGAAAACAUCUUAGGAUUUGUAGCCAAAUGUUUGCAAGAAGAUCCCUGGAUACUCAUUUUCGAACUGUGCUCAAUGGAUCUCCAACAAUACCUAGUAGUGAACCGUCCAAAAAUGGCCAUUUUGAACGAGAGCGGGGUCCCGUUACAGCUAAUGAGUGACGUCACGUCCGCCCUUACUUAUAUGCACUCGAGAGGCUUCAUAUACGGGUAUCUCUGGAGCGGCAACGUGUUGGUCCGCGGUUCAGACAACCCUCGCGCGAUCAUAGGACACUACGUAAGGAACGAGCCACAGCAUGACUACCAAGCGCCUGAAACAACGAGGAAUCAAACUGUACAUACUACGAGCAACGACAUCUGGUCGCUGGGCUGCCUGGUGUGGGAGGUGUGCGCGUGGGGCGCGCCGCCGCCCGCCUCGCCGCCGCCGCCGCCGGACCUGCCCUGCCCUUAUCGAAAUCAUUUAUAUCAAGUAAUGCAACUAUGUUGGAACCCCAACCCCGAGGCGCGACCGACCGCGGCCCAAGUCCACGCUCUCAUAAACCACCUACACUUCAGCCAUACGAAUUCGAGCAGCUCUUCGAAAGACGAUGGCUAUGCCAGCAGCGACUUCGAAGAGCGAUGGCAAAGACUCAAACCCAACACCAUACCGAAACUAGACGAACACAUCGCAAUAGUACACGCGCCAUCGACGUCCAUGGCGUCACACUUCACCGGCUCCGACCAAGACUUUGAUAAUGGCCAAACGAUCCAAGACUCCCUCAGUGUCGAAAUGGACACCGCAGUGUCGAGAUCCAGUAGCAUCAUGUCCGAUAGAGAUCCUCUCUCGAUUCAAAUAAAGUCUGAGAGCCUCACCAAUCUACAUGGAUCGCUAGAAGACGUUAGAAAUAUCUACCUCACACACAAUGAAACGCCAGCCUUAGAAUGCCAUCAAGGAAAUAUAAACCUUGAAGAUAGCAAGGAGAAGGAGCAAGACCGCUCGGACAGUUCGGUCGACCCGUGGCUGAAAGAUAUCAUAACAGAUAGUCAAGAUGACGUCAGUUAUUAUAAAGAUGUUAGUGAUGUGAUCAAAAAUCUCGAUAACAUUCUCAAUUCGGAAAAAACAUCGAGCUCUGAAUCGAGUCAUCAAGCGAGUCCUUCGAGGGACAAUUUAAGCUUAGAAUGUAAGAAAGAUUACCCGAUUCAAAAGAGCAUGGUGAAAUCCCCUGGAAUCAGUAAUUUUCAGAAUAUUCUCGAUAUGGGUUUUGAUUCGAAGUCCGAGAAUGAGCCUUGUGAUGAUGAUGAAGGAGAUCGAGAUACUGUUGGUACUUUGAGUCACUCAUUCGAACGCCACAGCGACUCGGUCAGCCAGCAAACGUUAGAAAAUAUAACGCCAGAAACACCGAUUAAAGAUUUAGAUAUCUCCAAUAAUAUUGUAGGCGAUAUCGAACAAAAUUAUGGUGAAGUAAAUAAAUCAACACAUAUGCAUAGUGAUUUGCCAAAAGAAAGUAGAGUAGAUAGUAGUAGUGUUAGUGAUGUACCCAAAUUGAAGGAAUUAUGUGUAGCCUCAAUGCCUAGUGUUAGUGAUAAUGAACAAGUGAUUUUAAAACAAGACUGUCAAACAUCAUAUGAUAAUAAAAUUACAGAUAUAAGAACUGGUACAGAUACUAAGUCAGUAGAAAUUAGUACAGCGUUUAUAAGCAAUGAAAUAGGAUAUAUAGAAAAUGAAAAUUUUACAACUACUCAAACAGAAGAACAACUGGAAAAGAUAAAUAGUUUAAGUUCAGAAAUGAAAUUGCCCACAGAUGUCGCUAGAGUAACGAAGGAGCCUUUAAAAUCGCUAGUCAAUCAAGGUAUUAAUAAUACAAAUACAAAUGAGACAAAUGAAUUAAAUAAAUGUCAUCUGUCUGCCAAUACUACUUGCGAUGACGAAGUAAAUGAAAUUAAUAGUAUUUAUCAGGUAUCUGAACUGGUUUCAUCGUACACGGAUUCUACAGAUAAUUUUAAAUCAGAAACAGUUGCCACAGAAAUGCAAGCUGAUAUUUUAAUAGAUAAAAAGCUUAACGAUCUACCAGAAGAAACCCACGCAGAUAUUGCAGUUGUUUCAAGUAAUGCAGAAAGUAGCCAUUCGGAAAAUAUGUUAGAAAAAUUUCAAAGUCCAUUGUCGAAGUUUGAUGAAAUAACGACAAACGCUUAUACUGUAUUACCUUCAAUAUCUCACAACCUAUUGCCAGAAAGUUGUAAUGAUGAAAACAACAUUAGAAAUGAUAGUAUGGAUGUCGUUAAAUCAAAUUUAGCAUAUUAUGAUAAUAUCUUGCCAAUAAUAAAUAAAGAUUCGGUUCAAAAACAAGAAGACAAACUAAUUAUACAGCAUGAAAUUGGUAAAGAAAGAAAUGAAGCAAUAACCCAUAAGCCUGAACCUACAACUGAAGCCAUUGCUGACAGUAAUCUCGCCGACGCUAUUGAUCAUUGCAACAUAAAUGAAGAUUUAAUUAAAACUGAUAUUUCACAAUCGAAUCACACAACGCGGGAAAAUAUCGUUGAUUCUUUUAAAGAUGUAAGAUUUGAUGUUAGUGAUAGUAAGAGUGAUAGAAAAGUAGAGAAUAUGGAAGUUAUUAAAUCAGUAACCAACCAUUUAGAAAAUAUAGAAACCACAGAGCAACCUGAAACAGUACAAAAUUAUUUAGAUAUUUCUCAUACAACCUCCCACUUAGAUGUUAAUAAUGAACAAACCUUGGAAUCGAUCAAACCUGAAGAAGUACAAAAUAGUGAUGAUAAUGUUGCAUCCAUCUCCCAGAACGAGUCGAGUAUCGUUGAGGACGUGACGUUUAGGGUAGAAGAAGUGACUAAAUCCAGAUCUGAUACUAAUGAAACGGAUACUGUCAAACACAACGACAAUACCGUAUAUAUGGAUCUCAUGAAUGAUACUGAUAGUACAAUGCUUAAAGACAGCAGCAUAGAUAAUAAUCUUAAACAAGUUAUUCAGUCCUGUCUGGAAACGUCUAACAGUGAAGCUCCGUGCGCUCUAGUUAAAAAUGAAUCAACAGUGUACUUAGAUCUCCCUAGUAUUAUGAAAGAAACUGAUGAUUUCUUGCAAUCAGAGAAAAGUAUUAGUAGCCAACAUAUAGAACUUAAGGAUAAUAUGUGUACAAGUACGCCGAAAGGCAGUGAUCCUUCCGUUGAGAAUACGUUGGAACCUACCAAUGAAACAGAUCUCUCUGAGACGAAGAUAGAUUUUGUACCCUACUACGGUCCAGGAGUAACACUAACGAAAUUGGAACAAAAAUACGUGCCAGAUAAUAUGAGUCCCUUUGAAUCUCCCUCAAAAAGUCACCACACCGAUACAUAUGAUGAAAACAGUUCAGUAGUUUUAGGUUCAUUCGAGAAUUGCAAUCUAGACCAAUUUAAAGUUGUUAAAUCCGUACCUGAGUUAGGUGACUUACCAAAAGAGGAACUGCUAGCGUUUUCAUCAAACUUCAGUGAAAUGAAUCUCGAAACGCCUUCACCAUUGAGAGACAGCAAUUUUCUAAACGAAGUGCCAGAUAUAGCUACCGAUGAAUGGCACUUUGAUGAUAUAGCCUCAAUAAGUGAGACAAAACCAGAAUCUCAAACACCAAUUAACACAGAUGAAACUGAGGAACAGUCAUCCACUGAAAAAAGAGUAUCCCCUUUAACGCCUCCAAAUUCUCCAGGAAAUUUUCUAGCGUCGACAUCCCAACAGAAAUACCUGGUCGAUAUAGACAUUGAUUCAACCACUCCUACCCAAGAAUCUGUUGAUUUGAAUCAAAUAGAUCUUCAAAUAACUACAAAGUUGGCGAUGGCUGACAAUGAGAAUAACAUGAAUAUCGAGUACUCGGGACCGUUAACUGAGGAGGGUAUAACUUUAGAUGACACAUUGAUAACAGAUAAUGACGCAAUACCCGAGUCUUAUUUAGCAGGGAACGGAGGUUCAGAAGAUGUGGGGGAAGAUCUAGUGAUAGAUGAAGAACGAAUGAAAGAGUUGCGGAAUGAGUUAGAGCUGAAAUUGCCAUUAGCCCAGGUGGCAGGCAUCGAGCCCGCGGUGCCGGCGGAGGGCGAGUGGUCGGAGCUGCCGCCGCCGCCCGAGCUCGUGCUCACGUACGGCGCGCUCUCGCCCAUCGCGGAGGAGACGCGCAUGCAGCUGAAUGCUUACGAGAAUGAUGAUCAGUGGAACAUAUCAAUCCGCACUGAGUCCUCGGCCUCGUACCCCGAGCCCUGCAACAACUCGACGGACGAGGUGACGGAUCUGCCCACGGGCGCCAACACCGCGCCGCAACAGUCGCACUCCACGUACACUAUACAUUCUAAGGAUAACUCUAUUAAUCAUACAUAUACGAUACAGAAGGAUGGGAUUAGCAGCAAAGAAAUAACAAUGAGCGCAGAUAGCUUAAACGCGAGCCCACUAAAGAAAAUACAAGAAAUACAAUCGCCAAUCGAUGAUAAAACCUACAACAAAAACGAUGAAGAAAAAGAGUCUAAUUGCGAGAGAUUGUCGCAAGUGUCACCGUACCUCCUCAGCCCGACUACCGACACAUCGGCACCGGAAAUGUCGGACAAUGCAAUUGGCCUGUCGACGUUCUCGAAAACAACCGUCCCCACAGACGCCAAGUCCUCAAAACCAUCCGAAACCCAAUGCUUGUCGAAAGCUACAAGUAUCGAUUCGUGGUGUUCGAACGACACGCUAUACAAUGUUGAAGAAAACUUCGACGAUCUCGCCAUGGACCCAGACUGCCCCAUGGAUUUUGAAGAGAAGGAUAAGAGCGAGAGCGAAGAUACACUCACACACAACGAUGAUGAGAAGGAAGCGAGUCACUGCUCUACAUACAUCAUUCACGACAGCAAGUCUGAGAUCGGUGAAACCUUCUCACCGGACUCGAUCACGGCUAACGACAACUACACGUAUACGAAGUUGAAAACAGAUAUAGUCACGCCAUCUGUUGUAACGAAAUCCGAUAUAAACGACUCAACUAAAUCUCAAACGAAAGAUCUAGCGUACGGCACUCUCAUGUCGGGGCUUCCUUCGUACUCUAAUUGCACCACUGAACUGGCUUCAGGAAUGGACGAUCCGUGGAAACUACCUCAGCCUGAGUUAGUCAGACGAUCUCCCGUAGGCGAUGAUUUCAACUUCACGCCGCCCAACCAAAUGGAAAAGGAAGAAAUGAUUGUCGUUGAAAGUCCACAAACUACAGAACCGCGUAUAAAGAAAAUGGAUAGUGUGGAAAUAACAUGUCUUAAAGAUGAUUCGGCUGAGAUUAAUAAAAGUGGAACUUCCGAUAGCCCUGCCCCUAUUGAAGUGAAUGAUAGCCCGAAUGUCCAUUUUAGGAAUAUGGCAAAUUCAGUGACAAGUACACCAUUUUUUGUUACCGUCCAAGACACCGAAAAUGUUGAACCCAUACCGAUGGAUUUGCCUCAAUCAAAAGCGGAUAAUUCCGAAUCUAUUUCCAGUCAUGUCCCCAAUUUUCAAACAUUUUUUCAAUCGGCUGAAAUUCGACCGCAAGAUAUAUCACCCAACAUGAGCAAUGAAGCCAACACCGAAAUUCUGUUAGAAGGAGAGAGCAAUACGUUAAGCCGUGACAACACUAGAGAUAUAUCGACCGUGAAAACGCCCACUUAUUCGGAUUUUGAAAGCUCGGCAGUCACGAAGCCUCAAGACGUUCACUCAAGAGAUAAAUCAAGUCAAAGCGUGGAAAGUGGCGUUAGUUCCGAAGAUUUUCGCAAUUUCGAGAACUCAGUCAAAAACCGUCCUCAAGAUCUAUCGUCGUUGAUCGAUGCAAGCUCCCUUUUAUUAAAAAGUGAGAGAAAGUCUAGUGAGCUCUUGAUGACGAACGCAGAUUUAGAGAGCAUGAGUCAGUCUGAUAGUCAAGUGGUGAACACACAACCAGAAUCUCUGAUUUUCUCACCUAAUAUAAGGAAUUUAUUUGAAUCUCAAACCGUUUUCUUAACUGAUCUCGAAAGGGAAGAGGAAACUGAACAACCUCAUUCGAUUAUUAUAACUGAAAGUCCUUUGAUGGCUGCCAAGGUUAGCCCAAAUAGAACUUUCGACUCUCAUACAAAAGUAAAUCGUGCUGACAUAAACAGUACGUACGAUUCACACGCAAGUGGUUAUUCAAAAAAUGUUUGGCAAACAGACAGUACGAAUUUUGAAAAAGUUAACGGUCAUAGCAAAACAGAUAAUCUAAUUCUUGAUUAUCUAGAAAAGGAUGACACGGAAAGUUUCACUAUCAGUGUUGAAAAACAAGAAAAGAAAGAACAAGAUUCUUUAUUACCAGACAACGAGAGAGUCGUCCAACAAACUGAAACGCCAGUGUCAGAUGAAAAAUUUCCCGAUACGAAGUGUAAUGGAAGUAACGAAAUGUUUGCUACCGUGAAUUUUCUAAACGAAACGUUUGAAGAGCUAAUGGAAAGCAAUGUAGAUGAUAACGAUCUCGGCUUAACUGAUUUCAAAGAUGAACAAGGAGUUAACUCUGAGAAGACUAUCGAAACGGAAUCUGAAUCUAUAAAACCUUUAGAAGAAUCCAAAACUUCAGAGAAAUGUACUGAUGUAGCUCUGAACGGCGCGCAAGGCGAAACGCAAAUGGCGUCUGUAACAGAUGAUUUUUUACAAAAUGAAAAGAAAUACUGUCAGCUGGAUUCUUAUUUUCCGCUUUUAAGUGAUAUAAGGUUUACGGGUCCAGCAACUGAAAUAAUGACGACAUCCUUCACCCAAGACUCCCCCACCGAGCCCACGUCGCCCGAGUGCGAGCAGGACAGCAAGCCCGACCCCACCGCGGAUAUACUGAAAGAGUGGGAUAGCGAUAGUGACUCGCACACCACCAACUCUUCUAGCGGUGAAUUUAUAUGGAAGGACGGCGACGGACACGAGACCGCGCUCGUGCCAUCCACGCACUUUGAACACCAGCGGGACAGUGGCUCCCAACCGAGCGGCACAGACGAGGGGGCAGGCGAGGGCGAAGCACCCUCGUCAGGGUCGGGGGACUCCGCCUCGGGCUCGGAGGGCGAUGAGGUAGAGUUCGUACCCUCGUCCUGGGACUGCCGAGCCGCACCUUCGAAAUCAUCAUUAAGGAGUAUGGAACAGCCUCAGGACAAUAAGAAGCGCGUGGUGUUCAAGCGGCAGAAGUAUCACUGCGUGUACGAGUACCCGCGCGAGGCGCCCGACCCCGACGCCGACUCGCCCGCCUACCUGCCGGACUUCUCCACGUACUCUGAGUGGGACCCGUCGAGCGCGGAGGAGGCGGAGCUGGGCUACGGGCAGCUGUUCGGCGCGUCCACGCUCGACCUGCUGCCGCUGCGCGCCGGCAUCGCCUUCGGGGCCGAUUACGACGAAGAUUUCUUCAUCUCAUCAUCAGCGCGUCCUUUCGAGAGCCUGGGUGUGAUGUCGACCACCAGCCAGUUCUUCCCUGGCAUGCACAUCAAGCCCUCGCUAGAGCGGGACUUCCCCGACGAGCUCAGUGAGGACUUCCCCCCACCACCCUCGCCCCUGCCGCCCACCACCCUCGUGCAGACGCGCACACCCUCGCUUGACUUCACCACCCCUGACUCCGGCGUCGAAGACAUCACCCCCGGUUCCGUCACAGAUGAUGAUUACAAAAACAAGAAAUUACCCGAUUCAGAUACAACGUCGUGGAGAUCGAUAGAUAGCGCCAGUUCGAGCGAGUCAGUUAGCCCCAGCUCUCCCGGUGGCGAAGCCCUAGGCGGACUCCGACACACGCGAGACAAGCUCAAGCUGGACCUACCUCCCAGUCCACACAUCCCCUCACCGCGACACAGCAGAGUGUUCAACUUCGUCCUCGACAAACCGAAACGACAACGCGAAGAGAAAGAAGCUGGUACCACCCCCCUGGUCAUGACGGACGAGACACCAAUAAUAACUAUGACACUACCCACUGCGAAAGAAACGCAAGACGAUAUUAUGCCCGAGCCGACAUUCUCCACGUUCGGCAAAAGCGCACAAUCUAAGCCCUCCCAAAGUACUGACUCUGAGAAAAACAUCAUCCUGACCGAUGAUGUAGAGGAGCAGGUACCCGAGGUGAAAGAGGAGACUUCGAAGGAUCCGGUGAAGGGCGAAGGCACCGUCCUGGACAGUGGCGAUGAGGACUCCGGCAUCGAGAGCAGUUCCAAGGCCACUUUAGAAAGAAAACCUACGCCGAACUUAUCU